AGAAUGGCCUUCCAUGCACCAACUCUAGCGCUACACAUACUCCUUGCUCUCCUCUCCACCUGCAUUGCGCAGUCCCCAAGCGCGUCUCCCACCUCCUCUGCCGCACCGCCGGCAUCUCCUUCCAUCGCCACCCCUCCGGCCGUUGCGACACCUCCGGUUACCACCCCUCCUCCCGUCGCCACACCUCCCCCCGUGGCCACCCCACCACCCGCCACCCCGACAAUGCCUCCUGCGACAGCCCCCACGUCGUCGCCACCUUCGCCAGUUGCUCCCGUAGCUGCUUCCACUUCUACUCCUACAGCGGCACCUGUGCCGGCUCCCGCGGCAGUUCCGCCAUCCCCGUCCACUUCUCCAUCGACGUCACCAUCCCCAACUCAAUCAACGUCACCUAGUUCGGGUCCCGAGGCGACCGCACCGUUGCCAUCGUCUCCCACCGGCAGCGGUUCGAGGGCGUACGUGCAUGGAGGCAGCAAGGUGGGACCGUUGGCGUUGGCUGGUGCAGUAGUGCUGCUGCUGUAG